UUUUUUUUUUUUUUUUUGUACACAAGCAGACGUUUGUGUGUCGAGAAAAAUAAUUGUCGCAAUAUUUCGUCGGCUGUUUUGAUUUAGGUAUAGGCAUUUAAUUAUUACUAUCGAUAAAAUACAGCACAGAAAAAAAUUACGCGACGGAUGCUAUCAGACCCAGAUAUUGACGGUUUCUGUGUUAUCAUUGCGAGCAUGGUAUCAAUAUAGUAUCAGACGGACUUUCGACGAAACCAAUUUCCUCGAAGCCGUACCAGAUGCCAGUAGAGUCUACGCGUGCUUCGUGCUGCUCUCUGCAGGAACUUGCGCUAGCAUUAUUCAAUAAAAGAUCCUUCCAUUAUCGAGUUUGAUUUUUAUACAUUAUAGCCCAUAAAAUUAUAAAACUAUUCGCAAAAAAAUAUAUAAACAUAUAUAUAUGUAUAUACAUAUAUAAAAUGCUCAGUUUUCCCAAACUUGCUUUGAAUAAUAUUAAAAACUUGUCUUUAACGUAAAUUCCAAAACACCAAAUAAUUAAUUUUAAAUAAUAAAAAAUUUAAUAGCGAUUUUAAUUAUAAUUUUUUUAAGUAAAAUAAGAAAACAUUUUAAUUUAAAACUUAAUUAUCAAGCUACUUUUAACAUUGAAAAGAAAUAAUUAAAAAAUGUAUUCUUGAUCAAGAGAUCCGUUAAGUUAAAUAAAAGAGUUGUCUUUGUUAAAAAAUCAAUAAAUGAAAGAAAGUGCGAUAAUAAGUAUGAGACAUUCUAUAUAAAUAGUGCAAACAUCAAUAAAAUGCAUGCUUAAAGCGAUAUAUAUUUUUCCUCCUUUCCGGUUGCCAAAAUAAUAUAUAACGAUAAGUUAAUCAGUCUUUGAUAAUCUUAUUAAAAGUACUUCAAAAAUCAGUCGAUCAUUUUUAACAGAUUUUGAUCACAUUUGCAACAUAAAUAAAUCUAAUAAAACGUAUCGUUCGCCAACGCUCAUAGCUGCAACACCAUCGAUAAAACGAUAAGUCACGCCGUUCCGUGAUAAGAUCGACAUACCUCUAUCGUUAUCACACUAUACGCAUUUAUAAGAGAAUGGAUUGGUAAUUUAAACAUAUGUGCUCUCUCUUGUAUGCGACUCUCUCUCUCUCUCUUUUUCUAUUGUAUGCGACCUAUGAGAUCUUUGCAUGCAUAAAUAACUUGGUGCGGCUUAAUUUACCCCGAAUAAUGUAUUCCUAAAAUAAAAAUACUUUCUGUUUCUAUUGCGUCGAUUAUACUUGAAGCAAAACACAAUAACACAGCAUAUCAAGACGUAUAAUCAAACUGAAUAUAAUAUUUUUUACAUCGAGAUAAUGUAAUUUGUAGAAUGAUUCGGCAUUUCGUUUUGAUAAUUCAAACAGCCGGAAGAGAACUAUAUUUACGAAGGUAUAAGAAAAGAAUUCCGGACUGUCACAGCACAAAGGUCUGACAUGCUUCCCUGGUGCCAUUUUGUGCCGUUUUAUUUCUGUUCGAGAUAGCGGCAGAAAAAGAGCGAGGGAAGAGGAGAACGAGCAGACUCGCUACAAAUAGACAUUUUAAUCUAUAAAGUAUUGUCUUUCCUGAAAUAAUAGUGGCUUUUUGUUACUAAAUUUGAAUCAAAUAGUAUACUAAUUUAGUAUUAAAUCUUUUUCUCCUUUCUUUUUUUCUUUUAUGCUAUAAAAACCCAUUUCAUCUGUAACUUUACAAACUUAAUAAUUUUCGAGGAAUCAUAAUAAUCUAAAAAAUAACAAUGUAUAGAAUUAUAUAAAAUAGUUAAUAAUAGUAAUAUAAUAGUAAUUUAUAGAGGGAUGAGUAAUUAUAUAUAUAAUUACAAAUUUUUUCUUACUAUUUUCAGACCGAAUGUAAAUAUUGAUUUAAGUCUGUCAAUCAACUGGCGAGAGAUUUUUAGACAUUAAACAUGUUUGAUUUAAUCGCAACUUAUUCGCCUCGGCGAGGAGUUCCACUGUCGUACUUUGAUUGUCUGAUUACACGAGUCGCGCUAGAUAGCUCAGAACGAAGUUCAAGGGAAACCGGUGAAAGCUAUAUAGCGAUUAUCGAAUAUGAAACUGAAAACUUUUGCGCGAUUUUUCCUGAAAGCAAAAAUAUUUCUUUAUGAAAUCCAUGAUAAUAUUUCAGAAUAUUUUUAGAGCAGAAUUAGUGUCCAUUACAAUAUGCAUAAUAUGGUUAUGACUCACUCACUCAUUUAUUGCAUUUUAAAUUUCCGUAGCUAUAGCGAUUUCGAUAUUUUCGGUAAAAAAGAUCGAGAAAACAAUGAUAUUAUGUUUGCAUGGUCACGAAAAUGACGAUCAUUUCCCUUGGAUACUGUUUUGUUGAAAUCAAAAUUUCGCGUGCUGAAUUAAAAGUGUCAAUAAAAAAAAUGCAAGAGAUAUAGAAUAAUUUAAGAUCGUUAAUAUUUUAUUAGUACUUUAUUGCGACGUUUGUGUAUCUGAUGGAUUGCGACACGUGUUCUUGGAAAGGAAGUAUAAUCAAAUACAUUCUUGUCAUAUUUUAUUCCACGCAGGUAGAAAUCUCUACAUUCUACCUAACAUAAGUAGACCUUUAAGAUGUCAUUAAAUCUUUACGUAGCGAGAUCUUUAGAUCUCUAUAAAUCCUUGGAGAGUUUCAGACUUCCAAAUUUUUCAGUAAAAAUUAACAUUGGCGUUAAAUGAUGAGGCUUAGUCACAGAUCUUAUAUGUUUUUAAUGAUUGAUUGUAACGACAUUGAUAAUGAAAAAAAUUAUCAGAGGGAAUGACGACUGUACGCAGAGUAUACAGAAUAUUUGCUAAAAUCGUUAGUAGAAAUGCCUGCCAGGCGGACUCCAAAGGUCGAGGCACUGGUUGUAAACGCUAUACGUAGGCUGCAAGAUGUGCAAGGUUCGACGUCGCGGGAAAUUAGUAACUAUAUUUCCCAGGAGUACGAUCUUCCUAGGAAGGAGAUCAGACGGCAGGUUCAGCUCGCUUUACAACGCGGUUUAGCUUAUGGAAUCCUGCAGAAGUCCACGAGCGGAUAUUAUUCGUGCAAUCGCGACUACCUCGGACAGCUAUCAUUGGGGGAUGGAACGGGUGAUGGGGUGAUGGAACCUUGUCCAUGGCGAAGACGACGAUUCGGCAGACGUGGAAGAAGAAGAAGCAGAAGCAGACGAAGAAGAAGACAAAGACGCGGAAAGGUACGCGCCAGACAGAGGAGAGGCAGAUCUCGAAGACGUCAAAGGAGGAGACGCAGUAGAAGAAGAAGAAGAAGAAGAGACGGAAGAAGAAGAAGAAGAAACGGAGAAAGAACUAGAACGCGCGCUGAUCCCGACGAGAUAGAAACCGAGGCGAUGGUUUCGGAAUCGAAGGAAAAUAACGCUUCCAGAGACGAUGCCCAGCGCAAAAGCGAGACAUCCAUAUCCGAACUUUCGGGCGAAACGCGUUUGCAAGAUUCUCCUCAAGAUUCUCCUCAAGAUUCUGAGUCUCUGAAUACGUCCGGUGAUGUCUAGAGAUCAAGGGAGGGUAAAGUUUCUUUCAGGGGGUAAAUGGAAAUAUGUGUAAAUACCGUAAAUCAGUGAACGAAUUAUUCGUUCGUUUAUUCGUAUUUUUAUGCACGAAAUAUUUUACACAUUUAAUUGAAUCUCUUACACAGAUACAUAAUUUUUUUUUUUUAAAUUACAAUAUCUAAGACAGCGUCUUAUAUUGUUGUAACUCUACACAACUUUUGAGACUUCAUGUAUCUAUACAUGUUUUUUUACUUUAGUAUCUUUUAUAUUCCAUAUUAAUUAUUAUAAUUGGUUUUUUAUAACGUAUGUGUAAUUCAUUCUUAAUUCUUCGUACGUUUGUAAAUGCAACGCGUUACGAGUAAAAAAGGCGCGAUUUUGAGAUGAGAG